UUGGACCCACAUUUCUGUAUAUACACGUGUCUUCACGCGGACUCGUGCACACGUUCGCAGCACAAAAAAAAAAAAUAACACGCAUGUGCCACCGCGGAAACGCGUGACCCGCGUCGAAACUGUGACCAAGUGGGGAAGAACUCAGCGGAGAACAGGGUGCUAGUGAACCGAGUGCUGAAUUCGAGGUCUGAUCAGUGUCGACAGUCGAGGAAGAAAGUCUGCAACCCCUUUUGCUCAGAGGAGAAACAAGCUCGCUGCCCUUUCUGGAUCGAUAGGCUGAAGCAGUUGGCCAAAUCGAUCUGAUUUUACAGAGAGGAGAGCUUCGCGAAGGAGUUAGAAAUUGCUCGAUAUCGAGGUCGAUCCGCAGUGGAGACUCAGCUGAAGUGAAGUGGGCACAAUUUUACUUGCAAGCGCGGCGUCCUUUUCGUCCGUGAACAGAAAUGGCGUCGGCGGCGGCAGAAUUGGUGGCAGAGAGGGAGCCAGAACCGAGGAUCGAGAUGACGGACACGAAUCGGACGUUCGUGGGCGCUCAAGGUUUGGUCCGAAUGGCCCUGGAGCAGUACACGGAAAUCCUCACGACUAUCUCGGACCCUCGUGUCAGCGACUGGCCGCUCAUGGACUCCCCCAUACCCACGUUUCUGAUCGUGCUGCUCUAUUUGUACGGAGUGACGAUAUUCGGUCCACGGGUGAUGACCAACAGGAAACCGUUCAAGCUGAGGGAGGCCUUGGUCGCGUACAACGCGUUUCAAGUUGUCUUCUCGCUGGUAAUGCUCUACGAGCACCUGAUGUCCGGCUGGCUGUUGGAUUACAGCUACAAGUGUCAACCGGUAGACUACUCCCACAAUCCGUCCGCUCUACGAAUGGCGAACCUAUGCUGGUGGUACUUCAUCAGCAAGUUCACGGAAUUCGCUGACACGAUAUUCUUCGUUCUACGCAAGAAAGACAGUCAAGUGACAUUCUUACACCUGUACCAUCAUUCUCUGACACCGCUAGAGACGUGGAUCUGCGUGAAAUUUAUCGCUGGCGGACACGGGACCCUGGGAAACCUCAUAAACAACGCGGUACACGUGAUAAUGUACGUGUACUACAUGGUUUCAGCGAUGGGGCCGGAAUAUCAGAAGUAUUUAUGGUGGAAGAAACAUCUCACCACUGUGCAAUUGGUGCAAUUCUUUCUGGUGUUCGUGCACAGUACCCAAGCCCUGGUGUUCGACUGUGGAUAUCCGAAACUGGUAGCAGCGCUUCUUCUCCUCCACUCGACGAUCUUCUUCGUCCUCUUCUCCGACUUCUACCGACGAGCGUACAACAGGGGUAGAACGAAGAGGCAGUUGAAGGACGAAUAAACGAAGAACUUUUACACGCGCGCUGUCCCAAAUUUCCGUUCGAAACACUCUGACUCGUUUGCCUCUCGUUCGUGCAAGCAACGAUCGAUGAUCAUGAAUCGAUUGGAAUUUUAUGGAGCUGCGAUGUCGUAUUUGUAUAAGAAUUCUUGCAAUGUUGUUUUACGAGGAACGAGUAGAAUUAGGCGUCGAUUCGCGUACUCGAUCGUCUGCAGGAUCGAUGAGGUGGUACGGUUAGGGUAGAGCUUACAGAUUCCUUCCGUACGGAAGAGGUUUCUCACUCGCUAUCCCUCAUAUCCUGUGCAGGGCAUCUCAGGUCUCGCGAACAGCUCGGACCAGGGCUUCCGAAGCACUAAUUUCUUUUCGUUUAUCCUCGGGAACCUUUAG